UGCUCUCCUUUCUUUGUACAGAGUAGAGGCGGGAGCAUGGAAUGAGUGGAUCAGGGGUCAGGGGAAGCUGGAGGUCCAAGCUGAGGAGCUUUGACAUCAUUGUGCAGAGGUACAAUGAGUACAUUCUGAGUCCCAGGACGGUGGGAAUUAGCCAACGGACUGCAGACAUGCUGUGGAAGCUGCUGCUAAGAUCCCAGCCCUGCAGGCUGUGUUCAUUCAGAAAGAUGCCAUUGGCUUCAAAAUCCAGAUCCCCUUUAGCAUGCUUCGUCUAUACAACUGAUCAUCAAUCAAACCAAGAAAAUAAAAGAACAGUGGAAAAGCUCUACAGAUUUUCAGUGGAUGUCAGGAAAAUUCGCAGAUUAAAAGGAUGGGUACUUUUUGAGAAGGAAACCUAUGUUGAAGAAAUUGCAGGCGUUUUACAACAACUAGGUGCCGAUGAAGCUGCUAUAGCCAGCAUUUUGGAACGCUGCCCAGAAGCAAUAGUCUGCAGUCCAGCCACUUUGAACACCCAGAGAGAACUCUGGCAGUUGGUUUGCAAAAACGAGCAAGAGUUAGUCAAGUUAAUAGAACAGUUUCCAGAAUCUUUCUUUACCAUUAAAGACCAGGAAACCCAGAGGCUGAACAUUCAGUUCUUUCAAGAGUUGGGACUCAAAAAUGUGGUCAUUAGCAGAUUUUUGACAACUGCAUCUAAUGUUUUUCAUAAUCCUAUUGAGAAAAAUAAGCAAAUGAUAAGUAUUCUCCAGGAGAGUUACCUAAAUUUAGGUGGCUCUGAGGCCAACAUGAAAGUUUGGUUACUCAAAUUGUUAAGUCAGAAUCCAUUUAUUUUGCUAAAUUCUUCUGCAGCUAUCAAGGAAACAUUAGAAUUUCUCCAGGAGCAAGGUUUUGCAAACUCUGAAAUUCUCCAGCUUCUAUCCAAACUCAAAGGAUUUCUUUUUCAGCUUUGCCCAGGAAGUAUACAGAACAGCAUGUCCUUCUCUAAAAAUACUUUUAAAUGCACAGAUCAUGACCUGAAGCAAUUAGUUUUGAAAUGUCCUGCCAUUUUAUAUUAUUCUGUUCCAGUUUUGGAAGAGAGAAUUCAGGGAUUACUAGAAGAAGGCAUUUCCAUAGCUCAGAUAAAAGAGACACCAAUGGUACUUGAAUUAACUCCACAGAUAGUACAGUACAGGAUAAGGAAACUGAAUUCUCUAGGCUAUAGGAUAAAGGAUGGACAUCUAGGAAAUCUAAAUGGAACAAAAAAAGAGUUUGAGGCUAACUUUGGCAAAAUUCAGGCCAAGAAGGGAAGGCCAUUAUUUAACCCUGUGGCACCAUUAAAUGUUGAAGAGUAACUUGCCGACUGCUGUGGCUUUCCAGCAUUGCAGAAUGAAGCUAAGUAGCGAAGACUUAAGUGAUUCAGGCAGUUUAUAGGCACUAGUAAUUUGAAGAAACUAUUUAGCUUGAGUCUUAAGUUACCUAUAAGUAUAUAAUCUCUGACAUAUUUUCUAUAUUUUAAACUAUAAGCUGCAUUUAUUUUAAAUAAAGUUGGUAAUUUCUACCUUGAACUAUUUCAGAAAACUCCUGUACUAGUAAACGGCCCAACAGAGUGAUAACUUUAUAAGUGAAUCAUUUCUAAGAAAUUGCCAAGUAUACUCCCUUAAUUCAAAGGGUAUGGGUAUGUUUUUAUUUAUAUAGCACAUUUCAUCUGGGACACAGACCCAGUGUUCUUCCUCUCUACCAGCUCUGAAACAUCAUUCUACUGUGGUCUGAAACCUGUAGCUUCAGAUUAGGUGAAAUUAGCAAACUUCUAAUACAUUUUUUUUAGAUAAAAGCUGAUUUCAUCUCUUGGUUGGGAUAAACGCGUGUCUUUGAGAAUGAAGUAUUUCUCAUUCGAAAAGAAUAGAGCUUACUUGUGUGUUUAGUUUAAAAUUGACCAUCUCCUCUCAUAGAACUUUGAUGUGCAUCAAUACUUUCCCCAUUUUAUAGAUGAGGAAACAAGCUUAGAGAGGCCUGCCAAGUGAUAGAGUCCAGAUUUACUGUGAUCUGACUUCUGUUCAAACCUGUGACUAGAAAAAGGAUUGCUUAGGAGUUGGCAUUACGAAAAGCCAUACGCACAGUAGGUUGGGUGUCAACUCGGAUUCAGUUCAGGUUCUGAUCUCAUGGCUCCAGGCUCAGCAGGAAGUCUGUUUGGAUAUAUUCUUCUUCUGCCCUCUCCCCAUCUUGUGCUCUCUUUC